CCCAAGUUUCCACCUCUCUCUCUCUCUAGGUCUCAUUUAGCGUCUUCUCUCUCCUCUACGCCGUGAAACUGAUUUCCUCUGGCCGUUAACCGUUUUCCCGAUUCAGUUUCUAGCCGAGGAUUAGCUUUGUUUAUAUUCUUCCUUUGGUGUGGAUAAGUGUAUGGGGUUAAUUUUGACGUUUCGUUUGACUCGGCUACGCGGCGACUCGGACCUCCGCGUUUGACUUGGUCCUCGCUCGUUUCCGCCGCGUUUUCGUAGAAUGUGGCUUGCCUUAUUUGCAUGCCAGGCUUUAUAUUGAAUUCGCAGUCUCGAGAUCGUGAUAUCUUAGGGUGUCGUCUUUGUUCUUUACUUGUUGCGGUUGGUUUUGUAAUCCGUCGCGUGAAAAAACGGUGGCUCACGGUGGCAGAUUACGUAAUGCUAUGGCGGAGAGGAGAAACUACUUGUCCAAAGAGGCUAUAGAUGGGUUGGAGUAUCUGAAACGUAAAAGACUUCAGAAAAUGAAAUCAGGCUCUGUCAAUGGAACAGUAGGUCUCAGUACAAUUGCUAGAAGCGGAGGUGAUGCAACGAGACCAUCUUCAGCGUCAUGUGGAAUGAGAUUACGGGUGACUGCUAGUGAUACAGUAUCUAGAGUGAAUGGUGCAUCUACUGGCAAGGGUGGAUUCUUGAAGGAGGAGAGGUUUGAGACAGAUGAUCUUAAAUGGACCGAGAGGCUUCCCGAAUGUCCUGUCUACAGACCAACAAAGGAUGAGUUUGAGGAUCCUUUGACUUAUUUGCAGAAGAUUUUCCCAGAAGCUUCAAAAUAUGGUAUCUGCAAGAUCAUAUCUCCUUUGACGGCAACUGUACCUGCAGGCGCUGUGUUGAUGAAAGAGAAAUCAAAUUUCAAGUUCACCACCAGAGUACAGCCUCUUCGACUUGCUGAGUGGGACUCUGAUGAUAAAGUUACGUUCUUCAUGAGUGGGAGGACCUAUUCAUUUCGUGACUAUGAGAAAAUGGCGAACAAGGUAUUUGCACGUAGAUAUUGCAGUGAUGGCUCUUUGCCCGACUCAUUCUUGGAGAAAGACUUCUGGAAAGAAAUCGCGUGUGGCAAGACUGAAUCAGUUGAGUAUGCGUGUGAUGUAGAUGGUAGUGCAUUUUCGUCUGCACCUGAUGACCCACUAGGAAGCAGCAAAUGGAACUUGAAUAAAGUUUCAAGGCUACCGAAGUCUACCCUGCGCCUUCUUGAAACAUCCAUUCCGGGAGUCACUGAACCGAUGCUUUACAUCGGAAUGCUGUUUAGCAUGUUUGCCUGGCAUGUUGAGGACCAUUAUUUGUACAGCAUCAAUUAUCAACAUUGUGGAGCAUCAAAAACUUGGUACGGAGUUCCAGGUUCUGCAGCUCUAAAUUUUGAGAAGGUGGUUAGAGAAUGUGUGUACAGCGAUGAGAUUCUGUCAACUAAUGGGGAGGAUGGAGCCUUCGAUGUGCUUCUAGGGAAGACAACUAUAUUCCCACCAAAGAUUCUGUUGGAUCAUGAUGUGCCUGUGUACAAGGCUGUACAAAAACCCGGAGAGUUUGUUGUCACGUUCCCCAGAGGUUAUCAUGCUGGGUUCAGCCAUGGUUUUAACUGUGGUGAGGCAGUGAACUUCGCGAUGGGUGACUGGUUUCCCUUUGGAGCCAUUGCGAGUUGUCGCUAUGCUCAUCUUAACAGGUUGCCCUUGCUCCCUCAUGAAGAGUUGAUUUGUAAGGAAGCAAUGCUCUUAAACUCGUGUCCCAAACCCGAGAAUCUGGAUUUUUCACCUGCGGAAUUGUCAGGACAAAAAAACAUCAAGACUGCGUUUGUGCACCUGAUUCGUUUUCAUCAUCUGGCUCGAUGGUGUCUAAUGAAGUCAAGAUUAUGCACAGGCCUGGUUUCGAAUACAUACGGAACCAUCGUAUGCAGUCUGUGUAAACGGGAUUGCUAUUUGGCGUUUAUAAAUUGCCAGUGCUACUCGCAUCCUGUCUGUCUCCGUCAUGAUGUUAAAAAGCUUGACCUUCCAUGCGGGACAACACGUACUCUGUUCUUGAGGGAUAACAUUGAAGUCCUGGAAGCUGCUGCAAAGAAGUUUGAGGAAGAAGGUGGAGUUUCAGAUAUGAUUACAAGUGAUGAAAAUUUAUAUGCCUAUCCAUCGCCACUCAAACUUGCAGCUGCAAAAGAAGAAGGAUAUUCACGGUAUUCCACUAUAUACUUUGACUUCAAUACCGAGUUGGAGAUGGCUUCUGGAAACCCUGUCAUGAGCUACGAAGCAAAUGCUUCAUGCAUCUCUUCUGUUGCUGAUGAUUAUGUAUGCUCAACAACUGCUGAUCACAAGCAGGUAAAUAGAGGAGCUAACUGUAGUAGCAGUAGUGAUUCUAAGCUCUCGGAAGACGUAGCAAGCAGCAGUAACAAGAAGACUCGGUUCUUCUCUGCGGUUCAAGAUGAAGUACUAGGUACGGAUCAGGAAAGUGAGGGUUCUGGUUCCGAGAGUUUCAGAGUGAAACGACGUUCGUUGCUGAAAUGUGGGAACCGAGCAGUUGUUCAGGAGACAAGAGACUCUGAGCAUCAUCAUCAGGGACAUAAAAGAUUGAAGAGAUCACAGAAGUACCACGAAGGAAGAUAUAGUAGUAGAAGUAGUAAGGAAGAAGAAGUGUUAGUAAUUUCAAAAAGAAAGGAAACUCAUGAGCAGCAGCAAAGUGACGUGAAGAAGAUUGAGAAUCAUUUUGGUGGUGGGUUUAAACGUCUGAAAGUGACAGCGUUGAUAAGGCCAUAGCGUGAGAGACAGCCUUCAACUUCCUCCUAACUAAAUUUUUUUUUAACUGACUGCUGAUAUAUCUAACAAUACGGGAAAGAAAAAGCGAAUCAAAAGCAAAAUAUUCAGUAUCUGAUUUUAUUAUGGGAGAAGAAAGAAGCAAGAAGGGGAUAACCAACCAACCAACACUAUUGGGUUUGUUUUUAGGCUUUUUACCAAAUCUUUGAUUCUUUGUGUACAUUUUUAAACUCUUUCUGUUCCUUCUUCUUUUCAUCUUAUGAUGUAAAUCUCUUAUUUUGUCUUUUUGGUUAUUACUGUCAACAGAAAAAGGCUAGUUUUUUCUUUUUGUUCCUAACAAUGGCUUUUGUUAUUGUUGAUAUGAUGAUGCAUAGAGAGAGCUUAAUCAUCUCUUAGAGCA